CCCGGCUGCUUCUCCUGCACACAUCCUCUUGCCUUGUCUCGCUCUACGUACAGCACUUCCAUCAUGAACCCGAUGACAUCUGUGAUGGUGACGGUGGCUCUGGCCAUGCUGGUAGCCGGGACUACAACUGCGGCUAGCACAGGCGGUCCAGGCGGCCCAGGCGGCCCAGGCGGCCCAGGCGGUCCAGGCGGUCCACCCGGGCCAGGCGCCUUCCCCUUGGGAAAAUGCUUCACUGCUGCACAAGGGGAAGACUUCAAGAAACAGCUGUGCACUGACCUGGGAAAGACCGAGGCCUAUUGCAAGGCUAAUAAACAACUAAUCAAAACUUGCAAGGAUGAUAUCAUGACCGGUUCCAACUCCCAGGCCAUCAUUCAAGCCUCGGCUGACUGCUUGCAAUCAGUGACAGGCGUCACCGUGCCUGCAUCCAGCAUGACUGAUGCUAAAACGUACCACAACUAUGUGAUUGGCCUGUUAGACUCCAACGACACCAUCUGCAGUAAGGUCCAGGAAACUAUUACUUGCUUCAAAAAGAGCUCUAACAUUAGUCAGCUGAUACAGGACUGUCUCACUAAAGCUGGACGUUAAAAACACCACCAGGACAUCGAACACCACCAAGGUAUCGAACACCACCAAGGCGUCGAACACCACCAAGGUAUCGAACACCACCAAGGCGUCGAACACCACCAAGACGUCAAAUAACCAUCAGAACUCAUUACAGAACCACUGAGGCGAAAUCUUAGAAAAACACCCUAGCAACUAUUUCAGAUUUCGUAUCUUUAAUUGGAAAGGAAAAAUUAAUCGAGUUUCAAAUACUUGAUACAUUUUUGGUUAUAACAUCCUUUGCAAUGUUUACAUCUACAUCCCUUCAGUAAAAACAAUGAAAACAAAGAACAGUGAAAAUAGUUCCUUUAGAAGCAACAGUCUAAGGAACAGCAACUUCAACAACGGCAAAAGGAAGACCUUCACAAGCUGCUCCCAGCUGGGCUAGAGGUUGUGUCUCAGAAGGAACACAAGAUCACUGUCUUUAACUUUAACAAAAUCUAAAGUUGGUAACUUAUGUAACACAAUCACUUUUGUUUUCUUUAGUAGUAAAUCAAUUGGCAA